AUGCUCGCCGAUAAGUUCAGCACCUGGACAGCGACCCGCAGGAGGCUCGUCUGUCCUGCGGUGACUUUUCAGCUGCGUGUGGAGGAGCGAUGCGGAUGAGCGGCGCGCGCUGAGGCCCGUCUGCUGGACCGCGGCUGCUGUCGUCUUGCUGGGCGCUAUAUUAGUAGCGGUUCGCACCGCGUACUGCUGCAAGAGAGCCUUCGGAUCAGGGCGCAGAGGCAGCGUCCCCUUCGCUCGCUGCCUGCAGGACUGAUUGGGACCGUGUUUUUGCUAAGCGGGGGGGCUCUUUGGGGGAAAACGGAGCGGGGGACUCGCGUAUUUCUUUGUUCCGAAGUGAAAGUGCGAAGAUGCCGUGUCUGGGAUGGAGGAUUGCGCUAUUGCUGUGGACGCUGAGCCGCAUCCGCAGCUCCGGCGCGGCGCUUCCAGCAUCCCCAAAAUGUGAUGAGGUCCUGGCCACGCCCCUCGCUCACCACGCAUUCUCCGCCUCGUCGGUCUUCGCCAGCGGCUAUGCUGCAGGCUACGCCAAGCUCAACCGGAGAGGAGGGGCAGGAGGCUGGUCCCCGCUGGAUAAUGACCAUUACCAGUGGCUGCAAGUGGACCUGGGUGGCAGGAAGCAGAUCACUGCCAUAGCAACGCAGGGCAGGUACAGCAGCUCUGACUGGACGACGCAAUACCGACUGCUCUACAGCGACACAGGAAGGAACUGGAAGCCAUAUCAGCAGGACGGUAACAUCUGGGCCUUCCUGGGAAACUCCAACACCGAGAGCGUGGUGCGGCACGAGCUGCAGCAUGCGAUCGUGGCGCAUUUCCUGCGCUUCAUCCCACUCAAAUGGAGCGCCGAGGGCCGUAUCGGGCUGCGUAUCGACGUCUACGGCUGUGCCUACUGGGGGGAUGUGAUUAACUUCGAUGGCCAGGGGGUAAUUUCCUACCGCUUCAAGAUGAAAAAGAUGAAGAUCUUGAAGGAUGUCAUCUCCCUGAAGUUUAAAACGCUGGAGAGCGAGGGCGUGAUCCUGCAUGGAGAAGGCCAGCAGGGCGAUUACAUUACCCUGGAGCUAAGGGCAGCCAAGCUGGUGCUGCUAAUAAACCUGGGCAGCAACCAGUACGGCUCCAUCCUCGGGCACACGUCGGUGACGAGCGGCAGCCUCCUGGACGACAACCACUGGCACACGGUGGUCAUUGAGCGGUACCGCCGCAACGUCAACUUCACGCUGGACCGGCACACGCAGCACUUCCGCACCAACGGCGAGUUCGACCACCUCGACCUGGACUAUGAGCUUACCUUUGGUGGGAUGCCAUUUUCCGGAAAGCCCAGCUCAGGAAGCCGGAAGAACUUCAUCGGCUGCAUGGAGAGCAUCAACUACAACGGCGACAACAUCACAGACCUCGCCAGGAGGAAGAAGCUGGACACGUCCAGUUUUCGGAACCUCACCUUCUCCUGCGUCGAGUCACACACCUUCCCAGUCUUCUUCAACGCCACCAGCUUCCUGCGUCUCCCCGGGCGCUAUGGCCGCGACACUGCCUCCGUCAGCUUACACUUCCGCACCUGGAACCCCAGCGGGCUCCUGCUGUACAGCGCUUUGGCCGACGGCACCGUGGAGGUGGGCCUGACUGAGGGCAAGGUCGCCGUCCACAUCAACGUCACACAGAAGAAGAACACACGCAUCGAGAUCUCCUCAGGUUCUGGGCUUAACGAUGGGCAGUGGCAUGAAGUCCGCUUCCUGGCCAAGGAGAACUUUGCCCUGCUAACCAUCGACGGGGACGAAGCCUCGGCCGUGAGGACCAACACCCCCAUCCAGAUCAAGACGGGGGGCACGUACUACUUUGGAGGAUACUUCAUGCGCAGCAGCUCAUCACCCAUGCAGCGCUCCUUCCAGGGCUGCAUGCAGCUGAUCCACGUGGACGACCAGCUGGCGGACCUGCGCGCAGUGGAGCAAGGCAGGCUGGGGUCUUUUGAGAAUGUCAGCCUGGACAUGUGCGCCAUCAUAGACCGGUGCGUGCCCAACCACUGCGAGCACGGCGGCAGGUGCAGUCAGAGCUGGGACAGCUUCAGCUGCAGCUGUGAGGGCACCGGAUACGCCGGCGCCACCUGCCACACCUCCGUAUACGAACAGUCCUGUGAAGCAUAUAAGCAUCUGGGCAGAACCUCUGAUGCCUACUGGAUUGAUCCAGAUGGGAGUGGCCCGCUUGGACCUUUCAAGGUGCAGUGCAGUAUGACAGAGGACAAGGUGUGGAGCAUCGUGGCCAACAACCUGGCGGCCCAGUCCCCGGUGAGCAGCCCUGGGCGGGACAAGCGCGUGGUGCUGCAGCUGAACUACAGCGCGUCGGCGGAGCAGGUGGCGGCCGUGACAGGCGGCGCCGAGCACUGCGAGCAGCAUGUGGCCUACGCCUGCCGCUCCUCCCGGCUGCUCAACACGCCCGAUGGGACGCCGUACACAUGGUGGGUGGGGAGGGGUAACGAGAAGCACUACUACUGGGGGGGCUCCGGACCUGGCAUCCAGAAGUGCGCUUGCGGGAUUGAGAGGAACUGCACCGACCCCAAGUACUACUGCAACUGCGAUGCUGACCACCGGCAGUGGAGAGAGGAUUCUGGAGCCCUGAAGUACAAAGACCAUUUGCCUGUAAUCCAGGUGGCUGUUGGAGAUACCAGCCGAGCCGGCUCAGAGGCCAAGCUGACCGUUGGUCCUCUACGUUGUCAAGGAGACCGGAGUUACUGGAACGCGGCGGCCUUCACCACCCCCUCGUCCUACCUGCACUUCUCCACCUUCCAAGGCGAGACCAGCGCCGACAUCUCCUUCUACUUCAAGACUUCCUCGCCGUAUGGCGUCUUCCUGGAGAACCUGGGAAACACGGACUUCAUCCGUUUGGAGCUGAAGUCCCCCACCACGGUCUCCUUCUCCUUUGACGUGGGAAAUGGGCCCGUGGAGCUAGUGGUCCGGUCUCCCACGCCGCUCGACGAUGACCAAUGGCACCGGGUCAGCGCCGAGCGCAACGUCAAGGAGGCCGUCCUGCAGCUGGACCAGAAGAACCGGGAGGUGCGGCCGGCGCCACCCCAGGGACACACCCGCCUGGAGCUCUACAGCCAGCUUUACGUGGGUGCCGCUGGAGGCCAGAGAGGCUUCCUGGGCUGCAUCCGCUCCCUGAAGAUGAACGGCGUGACCCUCGACCUAGAGGAGAGGGCAAAGGUCACACCCGGGGUGAAGCCCGGCUGCUCGGGCCACUGCAGCAGCUUCGGCACGUACUGCCGCAACGGGGGAAAGUGUGUGGAGAAGUACAACGGCUACUCAUGUGACUGCAGCCACACGGCGUUCGACGGCACCUUCUGCACCAAAGAUGUGGGGGCCUUCUUUGAGACAGGCACCUUUCUUCGGUAUAAUUUCAUGUCCGAGCUGGCUGCGGCGUCGUCCCGGGAGACCAACCUGACGCGGGAGGAGCUGUCCUUCAGCUUCAGCACGUCCAGUGUGCCCAGCAUCCUGGUCUACAUCAGCUCCAGGACACAGGACUACCUGGCCGUGGUGCUGCGGCAGAAUGGAACACUGCAGAUCCGCUACGACCUGGGCGGUCUUAGAGAGCCCUUCACCAUCAACCUGGACCAGCGCAACAUGGCCAACGGGCAGCCGCACAACGUCAACAUUUCCCGCGUGGAGAGGACCAUCCAGCUUCAGCUGGACCACUACCCCCCAGUGAACUAUUCCCUGCCGGAGGCUUCAGACACCCAGUUCAACCUCAUCAAAGCUCUCUUCCUGGGAAAAGUUUUUGAGACCGGCCAGAUCGACCCAGUGCUCAUCGAGAAGUACAACACGCCGGGCUUUGUGGGCUGCCUCUCGCGGGUGCAGUUCAACGGCAUCGCCCCCCUGAAGCUGACGCUGAGGUCGCGGGUAGCCGCCCCCGUUCACGUUCAAGGGAAGCUGGUCGAGUCCAACUGCGGGGCCACGCCCCUGACCAUAUCGCCCAUGUCGGCCGCCACCGACCCCUGGCACCUGGACUCAGCCCGUGGAGAUUUCCCUUUCAACGAGGAGAGGGUCGUUCCCGAUGGCGUCAACAGGAACUCCGCCAUCAUCGGGGGCAUCAUCGCCGUGGUGAUUUUCACCAUCCUCUGCACACUGGUGUUCCUGAUCCGCCACAUGUUCCGCCACAAGGGCACCUACCACACCAAUGAGGCCAAGGGGGCGGAGUCAGCAGACAAUGCCGACGCUGCCAUCAUCGUCAACGACCCCAAUUUCACCGAGACCAUUGACGAGAGCAAGAAGGAGUGGUUCAUCUAACCCGGGGGUGUGGCGGGCAGGGGGGGGGGGGCACAUUAACCCCAGUGCUUUUUGAGAAUCAGGUCAAGUUAGAAAUGGGUGAGGAGGAGAAGUCCCAGCGGAGGAAGUGUAUAGAGUGACUGCUUUGUCCAUAACGUAUUUGUAUUGUGUUUGGAGCUUGAGGAGUCCUGCCAGUACUUCAGCGACAUUUCAUGCAGAAGCAUCGUUUCCGGUACUUUCUGCAGGACUGAUCCACCCCUGCUCUCUCAGAUGUGGCUGCCGGGGGACAUCUCCCAUCCUCAGACCCCACACACAAUGAUAUGACCAUGUAUGCCAAAUCCCCUGUGUAAAUAAUCUAACAGUGCAAGUAUAAGCAGUGAUGUUAGCCUGUAUGUUCUGUGCGUGCCACAGGCAGGACUCCAACACAGCUUCUCUCUUAUUUUAUUUCGUUCUGUUCUUUCGGUUUCAAGGGAUUAUUUGAUAUUUUUGUUGUCAUGUAUUUCUGUCCAAGUGACAUGUACAUUUUCUAUGUUCGAAGGCUCAUUGAGAGGUUGGAACAUGAUGACUUUGUUCUUUUCGUCUUAGUAAACUGGAAUGUUCUGGAAGCGAGGGUUCCUUGAGUCUGUUGUGCUGAUGGUGGGAUACAUGGUGAUGCCUCACCAAGGGGCUUCAUCCACGGUGCCCGUUUUGCUUUGGCACGAGCGGCGUAUCCUCACCGCCCAAACACAAGAGCGGGUUCCGCGUCACUCAGAGCCGACUGACGCCACUUCGCCAGCUGCCACUUUUACUUAACCAGGCACGGCUUAAAGGACCUUUUCCCGAAUUCUUUGGUGGUGGAGAGUCAUCUGAAGUCAGAAAGGUUCCAGAAAAAGACCAUGAAACGUACCGGAAUGUUUACCAUUUCCACAUAUUGACAGGUACAUAUCAUAUAGGAAUGAUCAGGUCCAGGUCGAGGCGGUUUGUUACUCCAUGUCCAGCAGCUUUCCGUUCAGUCCAGUUCCCGGCUGAACCUUCUUCAGCCUCCUGGACGAUGCACCUGCCUCAGAAAGGCACAUAUACACAACAGGGAACCCUGCCUUCAAGAACUCAGCCUGUGUUCACUGACGGUCGACCAGGCCUUGGCUCAGGGGCACCUGAGACCUUCAGUGAGGUUCUGAGAAUGUCAUUUCCAUGCAAACAUCCAUCAACAACCUGCCUGUGUUUUGCGGGGUCAUUUAAUGUCACACAUACUGAACUGGAACAGUAAUGACUGCAGUGAUGAAGGUGAGAUUAUCAGUGCUGGUACCACCUAGUGCCCCAUCUCAAAAACCACAACACAGCAGUGUACUUAGCGAAGACAAAUCCCCAUAAGUGAUUAAUAAGUAUUUUCCUAAAUACACUUUAUUCAUAAGCGGUAUGCUGGUUCUCGUGAGCAGCAUGCUGGAUCUCAUGAACGGUGUGCUGGUUCUCGUGAGCAGCAUGCUGGAUCUCAUGAACGGUGUGCUGGUUCUCGUGAGCAGCAUGCUGGAUCUCAUGAAUGGUGUGCUGGAUCUAAUGGGCAGCAUGCUGGAUCUCAUGAGCGGUGUGCUGGUUCUAAUGGGCAGCAUGCUGGAUCUCAUGGAUCUCAUGAACGGUCAUGCUGUUUCGAAGGCUGGCAUUGUUGCCUCACCCCUGCUUCGUUGCAGAUCUGAUUCCCAGUUUUACCCUGUGUGGAGUCUGCAUGUUCUUCUCAUGUCUAAAUUGUCCCUAGUGUGUGACAUUGCGUAACACGUGACAUCGUGUCUGCCAUGUUAUGGACAGCCCUCCUGCCUGGGAUGCGGGCUGCGGCUGCGAUUAGCUUAGCCUGACCAAGUUAAGCAUCUGAAAGAUCAAUUUGAUAAUUUGACAAACCAUUACAAAAGUUAAAAAGGAACAGUUUUUCUCCUCUACAUGGAGAGUAAGUAAAUGAUGGGUUCCAGCAGUGCUUAAAGGUGCUUGGGUACAAUCUUUGGGUAUAUCACUACACUGCAGGAAUGUAACAAACCCAGACUGCCACCUACUGGCUGCCCACAGAGUGGCAUGGCAGUCUUAGUCAUCACUCAUGAAACCUUUGCUAAAACCGUAGCUUUUAGGCAUAUCUUAGGUAUGCGUUACUCACAGCACUGGCAGAUACACAGUAUAAUAUAAUAAAAUAGGAAAUGUUAAUUUUUUACUUCAGGCAUCUUUACAGACACCUAUAACUGGCUAUUCUUUGUUAUUGCUAAAAGAUGUCAAUUUAAACAUCAAAAUUCUUCAAUUUAAAUUCUUAGCAAAUGAAUGAAGACAAAGUUAAUAAAAAACAGCAACAACAUCAAAAUCUAUGUUCCAUUAGUACACUUAUUGUCUCCUCUUAGGAUCCAUUGAUGAGUCACACUCAGACAAACUGCCUCACAGUCCUCAAAUGUAGGAAAUGUAACACCAUAUAGUGAGAGAAAACCACAAAGAGGGUGCUUCUGAUACAACAUUUUUACCAUAGUAAUUAUAUGGACUUUUUAAAUGACUUUCUGACACCUUAUGUUGAAAAUAUUUUAAUGCAAAAGCUUGGAAAAGUUUCUUAAUGUUUACAAGAACCCGAAACAUGUGGAACAGAUACUAAACCAAAAAUGCUGGAUAUUUCUGCUUUGGCUGUGAUCUGUGCUGAGACUGAGACACGCACACUGCAAUGGGACCAAACUCUGCCCCGACAAUACGGCUGAUUGCUUCAAAGGCUUCAGCUGUCAGACAGAUGGGAGGGUCUGAGUGUAGGUCACAGUCAUGUCAGUGUCUAUUCCAGCAUUCCUGCCCCUAAUCUGGGUGUAGGUCACGGUCAUGCCAUUGUCUAUCCCAGCAUUCCUGUCUCUGGUCUGGGUGUAGGUCACAAUCAUGCCAGUGUCUAUCCCAGCAUUUCUGUCCCUGGUCUGGGUGUAGGUCACAGUCAUGCCAGUGUCUAUCCCAGCAUUUCUGUCCCUGGUCUGGGUGUAGGUCUCAGUCAUGCCAGUGUCUAUCCCAGCAUUCCUGUCCCUAAUCUGGGUGUAGGUCACAAUCAUGCCAGUGUCUAUCCCAGCAUUUCUGUCCCUGGUUUGGGUGUAGGUCACAGUCAUGCCAGUGUCUAUCCCAGCAUUCCUGUCCCUGAUGCAGAGGGAUCUGGGUGGUUUCACCUCCAUCACCCACCCACUACUUGCCGCCACUGAUUGGGUUCCGGAUCCUUAAAGGGAGUUCUGACAGCAGCAGCCUAAGCAGAUGAUUCAUCUCAGUCACAAUGUGCUGCAGAUUUUAUGAGUAUAUUUUCGGAGCUGACAACCGCCAGCCGUGUGUUCUUCAUUAACAAGAGGCAAGUGGAAACGGUUUUUGAGGAAAAUGUACCAAUGCAUGACCUCUGAAGCUAAUGUACACCCAUCACAUGUAAUGGCACACGUGUACCCUAUGCAUGAGUUCAUGUAUCAUACAAGCACUGUAUGCAGUAGAUCCUGUAAUGACACAUCGUAUGUCUGCAGUAUUUCUCCUGCAAAAUGCUGUUCAGCAAAAUGUAAGCUUUUGCUUCCUUCUGUUUUUUGGUUUGCGUUGGUUUGUCCCCCUUUAAUGUCAAAGUGAAGAACGGCACUCCUUAGCUGGGAAGCCACGGCGUUGUCCUUUGAUUGCAGUUUGCCUGCCGUCGCCCCCUUCCGGCGGGGGAGCCUGAUAAGGAGACAGUGUUCCCGUUUUUCCCUUUUUUUUACACUGGUGAAAAGUAUGAAGUUCCAGCCACUUCUGCUGCAAACAGCUUACCUUUCCUAUAUUCCUAUGCCUUCCUGUAAAUGACACACGAUCUUAAUCCAUUAGCUAUAUAUCCACCUUAAAAUGUAAAUAAAGAGAUAUGUGGAGUUUGCAUUGAAA